AGUGUGCCUUUAAGAUCGCCGUCAUAUAACCGGCGUGACGACGCAACUCUUGCAUUUCUCGGUCAGCUGUCGACAUGCUUCUGGCACUGCUCCUCGCUCUGUGUGUUGGAUCACAAGGGUUCUUGUUGGUCACGAGGCGAUGUUACGGCAAGUAUGGAUGUUUCACAAACCACAAGCCUUUCAACAACGCCAAGGGCUUUCUCCCAGAAUCACCAGAAGACCAGGGAAUUCAGUUCCUCCUCUACACGCGUAGAAAUCCCACGCAUGCCCAGAUCCUGGACGAAGAACGGUUGCUCUCUGUGCAACAGUCUCAUUUCAACCGGCACCACAAAACCCGAAUGCUCAUCCAUGGCUUCACCGGAAGUGCCCACGAUCAGUGGGUCCGCGACAUGACACAUGAGUUGCUGCAAAAUGAGGACAUGAACGUCAUCGCCGUCAACUGGGAGAAAGGAGCAGAUAAGAUCAAUUAUUUUCACGUCGCUGCUAACACCAGAGUCGUCGGUGCCGUUACUGCUGAACUGGUCAAGACCCUCCACUCUGUCGGCGCCGCCUACUCCAACUUCCACCUCAUCGGUCACAGCCUUGGCUCCCAUAUCAGCGGCUACGUCGGCGAGAUUGUUCACGGACUCGGCAGAAUCACUGGCCUCGAUCCAGCAGGUCCUUUGUUUGAGAACUUUGAUCCUGUUGUCCGUCUUGACCCAACUGAUGCCAACUUCGUGGACGUCAUCCACACCGACGCCGAGUCACUGCUGCAGCUAGGUCUUGGAAUGAUGAAGGCAAUCGGUGACGCCGACUACUACCCUAACGGCGGAGUAGACCAGCCUGGGUGCCCACGACAUCAUGGCCACCAUUUCAUCAAUCUCAUCACUGGCAGUUUUCCGAAGUUGACUGACGGCGCCGCCUGCAGCCACAACCGCGCAGUCUCCUUCUUCAUCUCCUCCAUCAACAACCGCUGCCAGUACACCUCCCACCCAUGUGUCAAUCAGAACACAUACGACAGAGGUCACUGCAACACGUGUGCCCCACACGGCUGCCAACACAUGGGGUAUCACGCCUCCCCGGCGCACCAUGGCCGCUUCUACCUCAAAACAUCAGCACAGGCUCCGCACUAUUGCUGAGCACCAGGCGUGUACGUCACUGUACUAGAUGAAGUCGGCAUCAAGCAGUACAAUUACAAGUGCAGAAAAUAAAAAUGUACACAUGUUUGAAACGA